AUGCCCAAGGUGCCACGCACCCGCCGCCACCGCCUCCUCUUUCUCCCUCUCGCCGCGCUGCUUCUGCUGCUGCUGUGGCUGGCGCCCGUGCGUGCCGCUUCGCCGUCGGACAGUGGCGCGUCGCAGACGCGCACUCUCUCGCCGACGUGCUCUGCGUCGCCAACGCCCACUGACGCGGGGCGAGGCCCCGGCUCCGCGUCGUCGGCCCCCCAGGGGAGUUCCAGCGAGGGUAGCGGCAGCGGCAGCGGCAGCGCGUCGGCGGAGAGUAGCCGCAGCGACAGCGGCGCCAGCGAGGAGGGCGAGGGCAGCGACAGCGGCAACGCGUCGUCGGAGGAGGGUAGCCGCAGCGACAGCGGCAGCGCGUCGUCGGAGGAGGGUAGCCGCAGCGACAGCCAGUCCGCGCCGGCAUCCGUGACUGUCGUCGACUUCGAGACGGAUCUGCUGACCGAUGCGGAGCUGCUGCGGGCCAUCGCCAACGCCACCGGCGUGCCACUCGAGGCCAUGGUGGUGGUGUCGAGGCUCCACCGCCCGCUGCGGGUGCAGACCGGGGCGGAGUAUCGUGUCGUCUCCGUCGGGUUCACGCGGAAGGCGGACGCGCAGACGGCGCGCGCGGCGGCGGCGGCCGGGCAAAUCCCUCACGCGCGUCUGCCCGUGCCGACGCCCGAUGGCGGCGGCGGCGGCGGCGGCCUGUCGGAGACACAGAAGGUUAUCAUCGGCACGGUGGUGGGGGUUGGGGGGCUGGUGCUCAUCGCCGUCGGCGUCGCCACGUUCCUCUGCCUCCGUCGCAGGUCGCAGGAGGAGAAGAGGUUUACGGACCUCUCGCGCGUCGGGAGGCACGACGCCGCGAUGAUUGACUUGGACUACAACCUCGCGAGGGUGGCGGUCCCCACCACCGCGACGCGGCCGGCGGUGCCCAUCAAGCAGGAGUACUGA